AUGAAUGACAGAAAUGACUCCAGUGUGAAGGAAUUUAUCCUUCUGGGAUUCCCUGGGUCUCUUGAAAUGAAGAGCUUCCUUUUCAUGUUCUUCUUCAUUAUGUAUAUACUCACAAUCUCUGGAAAUGUGGCCAUCAUAGCUUUGGUGAAGAGCACACAACGACUGCACACUCCCAUGUACUUCUUCCUCUGCAAUCUUUCCUUCCUAGAGAUAUGGUAUACGACUGCCUUGGUUCCCAAGACUUUAGCAAUCCUUGUGUCCCAGGAUCAAACCAUCACCUUCAUAGGGUGCAUCACACAAAUGUACUUUGUUUUCUCCUUGGGAUGUACAGAAUAUUUUCUGCUUGCCGUCAUGGCUUAUGACCGCUAUUCGGCCAUAUGUCACCCACUGCAUUAUAACACCAUCAUGUCCAAAACUUUGUCUCUCCAAAUGGCUUUUGGCUCUUGGAUAUGUGGCUUCCUAGUCAUUUCUUUGCCAGCUUUCCUUAUUACCAGGUUGUCUUUCUGUGACUCCAAUGUUAUCAAUCAUUUCUUCUGUGACAUUGAGCCUUGGGUAGUUCUUUCCUGUACUGACACUUACACAAUUGACGUUGUGUGGUUUCUUAUUGCCUUUAUUGUUAUCCUGGGCUCUUGUGUCACAACCUUGAUAUCCUAUAUUUAUAUCAUCACCACAAUAUUAAAGAUCUCAUCUGCUCAAGGUCGGCAACGGGCUUUUUCUACCUGUUCCUCCCAUCUCACAGUGGUCCUUAUAUGGUAUGGUUCCACCAUUUUCCUGCAUGUCAUACCUUUCAAGCAGAACUCCUUGGAACUGAGCAAAAUAGUCACCCUCUUAAAUACUAUUGUCACACCCUUGUUAAAUCCUUUCAUUUACACACUUCGGAAUACUGAGGUGAAAGAAGCAUUCAGGAGUGUAUUCCAAAGCACAACUCUGACUUUAUUUGACAGAAAAUAA